AUGGAUGCUGCAGCAUGUAAAAAAAUUUUCGAUUUAUGUUCACAAUCAUUGAGUAGUACUGAGAAUGAAAAAUUCUUUGAAACUUGUCAAUUGCUAUGUUCUGUCAUUCCUACCAUAUCUCAUGAUGUAUUCCAAUCAUUACCCGAUAAUAUUCUACUUGAUAAUCUUGGAAAUCUAUUACAAUGUCGUCUUCGAAACGAGCAACGAGCUAUUCUUAUCGAUGUCUAUGCUUGUCUGAUAGAACAACAUAAAUCUGUUUCAUUUCUUUGUACACAUAAUAAAAAUCUAUUCCUACUAUUGGUUCUUUUGUGUACUGUUGAACUACGUAUGAUAGUUGAAAAUCAUCAAAUAAAUGAAAUUUUAGAACGUCAGCAACAUCUUGCUGCUUGUUAUUUAAUUAUUGAAUAUACAAUAGCUGCUGUUUGCCAAUCGGAUGAUUUGACAGAUGAUAAUGUGGCAUCGGUUCUUCCGAAAUUAAUUGAAAUGUUUAAUGGUUGUGUUUUUCUCAUAGAUCAAAUUAUUGAUAAUGCUGAAGAUAAACAAAAAUUCGAUACUAUACUUCAAGCAACAGUUCGUAUACUUGGAAUUUGGUUAAGUCAAGAGCCGAUUGCAUUAAAAGAACUGGUAGAACCUCGCUUGAAUAAAUGGCUAACAUACGGAUCAAAUACACCCACUUGUGCUGAAACAUUUAAAAAGUUCUUUGAACCAAUUUUAAAAUGUUAUGAAGAUGAUUAA